AUGGCGGUGCCCUGUGUAAAGUUUGGUGAAAAUAGUCAUGUUCAGAUCUUGACAACGUACACAUGUAUUUCUGCUUGUCUUUGUUGGUUCAGGGGUGCUCCUGCAGGCCUCAGUGCCCUCCUGUGCCAGACAGCACUGUCCCAACUGCUGCAGAACAACCUUUUACCUUUCCACUGCCCCCACGAAGCUGAUGACAACCAGGAAGUGGAACCGCAAGUAGUCUUGCUUCAGUCAGAGGCAGUCCAACGUCUCUUCCUCAACAAGCUGAUAGAUGGGGCGCUGGCAUGGCAUCAAAAGUUCCCCAAGCCCUCGCCCUCCCCCUCCCGGUUCCUCCUCUGCUCCGUUCAUGCCAUCAAGAACACAAGAAGGAAAAUGGAGGACAAACACUUGGCCCUGGCUGAGUUUAACCAGCUCUUUGGAAUCCAGGAUGGAGUCGAUUGUGCCUACUACGCUGUGUUUGAUGGCCAUGGAGGGGUGGAUGCUGCCACCUUCGCUGCCACACACCUCCAUGUUGCUCUGAGUAAACAGGAGACACUGCGGAGUGACACAGCCACAGCCUUUAAAACUGCUUUCAAACACACUGAUGACAUUUUCAAGAGCAAAGCCAAGAGAGAGCGUCUCCGGAGUGGCACAACUGCUGUGGCGGUGUUGAUUCAAGGACAGGAGCUGACUGUGGCCUGGCUGGGAGACUCUCAAGCAAUGUUGGUCAGAAAGGGACAAGCUGUUACACUCAUGGACCCCCAUAAACCAGACAGAGAGGACGAGAAACAGAGAAUUGAGGAUCUUGGUGGCUGUAUCACCUUCAUGGGUUGUUGGCGUGUUAAUGGCACCUAUGCUGUCUCCAGAGCAAUUGGUGACUUUGACCAGAAGCCCUAUGUGUCUGGAGAUGCCGACUGCUCAACAACCCAGCUGUGCGGGGACGAGGACUAUGUGCUGCUGGCGUGCGAUGGUUUUUUUGAUGCAGUCAAACCUUCAGAGGUCCCUCGUAUGGUCUUGGAUGCACUCCAUCUGUCUUGUGACCCUGGAGGCAGGGCAGACGCUCUGCUGGAACAGUCUGAGGACACCGCUGGACUGAGAGUUGCUCAACAGUUGGUAGGUCACGCUAAGGCAGCUGGUUCUAGUGAUAACAUCACAGUGAUGCUGGUGUUUCUGCGUCCACCGCAGCAGCUGCUGGCUCAAAACUCCAGCACAGGACCUGCACAAGCUACUCAGUACUCCUCCCAAGAUGCACCACAGCAGUAAAGAAGGAGGUUUGCUGCCCCAACACUACUGUGCCAAGCUACUGCCUGACUCAGCAUUUUCCUUUUCAUUCAAGCUGUCAGACAUCCUGCAGACUGACAAAGCUAAUUUAAUGCUAACAAAACACAUGAACAUAGCAGGCUUUAGUCACAUUAUGUCACUACUUUGGAGAGAGUGUUGAUUCAACUGUAUUUAAACAAGAUCAUUGGAAAAGGUUUGUUAGAUUAUGCAGGGCUAGUGAGCUGUGGUGGGUGGGCCCCCUCCUGAGUCCCUGAACAUGUCCCUUGAAUGCUUCCUCCUGCUAAUUAGUUUGUGUUUAUUUGAAUGUGUAAGGAUAAACACCAUUGUGUGUGUGUGUGUGUGUGUGUGUGUGUGUGUGUGUGUGUGUGUGUGUGUGUGUGUGUUGUGUUUAAGUGAUUUCUCCCAAUGCCCCGAAAAUGCCUUUUUUCUGUGUUGUGUUUCAGUGUAUUGUCAACUUUAGUUUAGAAAAUGCAUAUAAGCCUUCAAGAACUGAUAUCAGUUGAUCUGUAAUGCCAAUCAGUAUGACUAUUGAGAGCAUUUUGCACUGUGCACAGUGCAGGAAAUGAUUUGGGUUAAGUACAUUUUGCAACUAGAAUAUGAAACUGAUACAUUUUGUUGAAUCUCUGGAAUACAGGUCCUGCUAAUUAAUUCUUUUGCUAAUUUAUCAGAAAGAACAAAAUUACAUAGGGAUCACAAGAGGCAUCAGUGUUCUUGUUUUAAAGGAGCACUAAUGUGACAAAACUAACUACAUAAGCUUGGCAUGCUAAGUUAAAUGUGGAACAUGUUGCUUGAUUUACUGGAUCACACUCUGACAGAUUUCUGUUUUGUUUUUUUAUCGUUAACAGUUCUUAAUCGCAUCUUAUUGAGAACAUAUAUGUCUGUUGUAAUGAUUUUGUAAAUAUUCUGUAUCACUGACAAGGUUGUGUGCUGUUUAUAAAAUUUGGUAUCAACAGCCGAAUUAAAAGCAAUGAGAAUAAAAACAGAA